AUGGUUCAAUACGUCUUCACGCCGUGGCGCGACCGCUAUGAACUUUUGCUUGUUCGCGAACAGCUCUACGCCUCAUUUGACGGAAUCAGCACUACCACCCAGGAUACAGAGCAAAAGUCAGAAGAUGCUGGUCAGCAGGAGCACUCGGGGAUUAUUCGGCCUCGCCAAAAUACAGACGAUAAAGAGGCAAGGAGGAAACAGCAUCAGGCGGUUGCGCGGGUCUCGAUGUGGAUGCAGCGAGGAAAUUGUCCUCAUAUGGUCGAGUCGACAGCCCUCUUGAUGGCAGCCAUGUUGAGUGAUGGAGAAGCAGCUGCAGGGGAGAAUGCAGCCUCCUCAGCGUAUGCUAUACGGGCUGCAUACUCGGCAGCCUUUAGUCGGUUCGUUACUGGCCUCCUCGAUGGCCACCAGGACAAGCAGCGCAAGCAGAGCAUGUACUCGAUCGCAAAGACGAUAGGUUUACCAGCCACAUUUGUCGAGCUGCGGCAUCAGUCCACACACGAGCAGCUACCCUCGUUGGCAAAGCUACGCGCGGCGGCAAAGAAGGCUCUUGGGUGGAUCUGGGACUACUACUGGAAGCACCUUGGCGACGACACGGGCGAUCCAUGCCGGCAGAUGGUGCUGCGGUAUCUGCGUGAGGGAGACGAAGCCGAGUUGGGCAUCAUGAUUGGCGAGUUUGAGCGGUGGCCGAGGGAGCGCGUCGUGAAGACGGUGGACGAGGUUAGGAGCAGUCUGCCGGGGAACCAGGUGUUUCUCAAGUGCGCGGAACUGAGCCAGCGGUUGAAGGAUUUGGAUGGACAGAAGGGCGUUCGGGACACUGGAGCUGCAGAUAUACCCAUGAAGGAUACUGAAGCUCAUGAGUCUGCCGCAGGUGAUGGAGAGGCGGCAGAGGUUGACCAAGAUUUUGGAUGGUCACAGUUUGAGGGUUCUUGGAAGCCCAAGCCCAUUGGCAUUGUCUAG